AAAAAUUAAAAUUUGAUUCUUUUCAAAAUUAAAAAAUCACCUAUUUUAAUUUAUUUUUUUUAAAUUAAAAGCGAAAGUUUUCAUUCAUUUUAUUUAGACCUGUUCAACUUCAUUCAAACCUGAAGAAAUGCGUCCUCCGGUGAACUCCGUCGGAGAAACUCCCGGAAACACUAUUGAUCCGUCGCUGGUUAGAACUUAUCGUGCUUGGAAAGGCAAUAACGUAUUUUUUCUUGGAGGAAGGUUCAUUUUUGGACCUGAUGUGAAAUCUAUAAUUACAACGGUGUUUCUCGUCGUUGCUCCGGUGGCUGUUUUUUGUGCUUUUGUAGCUAGAAAAUUGAUCGAUGAUUUUCCUCAUCACUCUGGAUAUUCGAUAUUGAUUCUAGUUAUUCUUCAUACGAUAUUUGUUCUGAUUGCGCUUGUACUGACCUCAGGAAGAGAUCCUGGCAUAGUGCCUCGCAAUUUAUAUCCUCCGGUGCAGCUGCCGGAGGAUUACGAUGGAAGUGUUAGUGUUAACAGUGAACAUAAUCUACCGCCGCAUUUACCACGAUUCAAGGAAGUAGUUAUCAAUGGAACAACUGUUAAAGUGAAGUAUUGUGAUACCUGUAUGCUGUAUAGACCUCCGCGCUGUUCUCAUUGCUCGGUGUGCGAUAAUUGCGUGAUGCGGUUUGAUCAUCACUGCCCGUGGGUGGGUCAGUGUAUUGGACUGCGAAAUUAUCGGUUCUACUAUAUGUUUGUUUUCUCUGCAACGCUUCUUUGUCUAUAUAUUCAUGGAUUUUGCUGGGUCUACAUCAAGAGGAUCCAGGACUCGGAGGACAUAUCAAUUUGGAAAGCAAUGAUCAAAACUCCUGCUUCCAUUGCACUAAUAAUAUACUCCUUCAUUGCUGUCUGGUUUGUUGGAGGGCUCACUGUUUUUCAUACAUAUCUAAUCAGCACAAACCAGUCUACUUAUGAAAAUUUUAGAUACCGUUAUGAUCGACAAGUCAACCCUUAUAACAAAGGGGUAAUUGAGAAUUUUAAAGAAGUGUUCUUCACUUCCAUUCCACCAUCCAAAAACAAUUUCAGGUCUAAAGUUCCAAUUCCGAAAGAACUAUCGGAAUCAUCAAGAAGAAAGGGGGUUGAUACCGUUAUGAUUCCAUCUUACAAUGAGGUUGAUGAGAUGGAAAAGCAUUACAAAGACGAGGAAUAUGGAAAGGGUAGUGACUUAAGUGAAACAUCCGUAGAUUUAAGCAGGAUGCUUCACACCGAAAGUGGGCAGAGACAAGUUGCUUCCUUUCUAAAGCACUCCUUGUGGGAUCGAAGUAGCAAAAAAUGGGAAGUAAAUCCUGAAGUUCUCGAUGAGAUACACGAUAUAGAAUCAAAUCGAAUCACCGGUGAUAGUAGUAAUGAGCAUGGUGACAACUCAGCAAAAACAUCUACACUUGCAGAAAAAUUCAAAGACGAAAAUUAAAAUUACGGGUGGGGGACAGAGUUAGUUAGGCUGGGAUUUGAUGGGGAGGAAUGGCUUGUGUUCCAUUGUUUUUGUUAAAAAAAUGUCAUUAAUCUUGUUCAUUGAUUGCAGCUUAUUUUUUCUUGAGUUAUUCUGUGGUUAUAUAUAUAAAAUUCUUUUAAAUGUGACAUUUGUGUAAAGAAGAAGACGAUUAAUAGAAAUUGUGAAAAGUGAUCCUUCCAA